GGACGACAAUCAACAAGGAGAUUAUCCAAUCGAUUUUACAAGCUGACUUCUUCAUGCUUCGUUCAUCUGUCCGUUUGUGUUUAGGAGUUCACCCAAAAAACUCCUUUGCUGUUCUAUCGAAGCAUAUUAUAACUUCACUUCAUAGUAUUCCAUUAGAUAAUGCUAAACACUUAGCAGAUCGUUUACUUCAAGGUGAUCGUGCAUGUCUAGCACGAGCAAUUACACUUUUGGAGUCAACUAAUACUGAACGUCGGGCUGAAGGUCAGUACAUACUUGACACAGCGAUUAAAUAUUUAGCAGAACAAGAAUCAACAACUGGAAAAUAUACUUUCAGAAUUGGUCUUUCUGGUCCUCCUGGUGCUGGGAAAAGUACAUUUAUUGAGGCAUUUGGUAGUCGUCUUACAGGCAGUAAAUCAUGGAAUCCUAUUGUCAACUCGUCUAGACAAUCCUAUUCAUCAUAUAAGAACACAUCAGAAACAGAAAGAAAUCUAAAUGAAGAAGUCAAAAGACCUCGUCGUGUAGCUGUUCUAGCUAUUGAUCCUUCUUCACAAACCACUGGUGGUAGUCUCUUAGCCGACAAAACUCGAAUGUCUGAAUUAGCUAACGAUUUGAAUGCUUAUAUACGACCAUCUCCAAGUGGCGGCAAUUUGGGUGGUGUUGCUCGAACAACCAGUGAAUCAAUUUUACUUUGUGAAGCAGCAGGUUUUGAAACUAUUCUGAUAGAAACUGUGGGUGUUGGUCAAUCUGAAUUUGCUGCAGCUGAUAUGGUAGAUAUGUUCAUUUUAAUCAUUCCUCCUGCUGGCGGAGAUGAACUGCAAGGUAUAAAACGAGGUAUUGUUGAGGUUGCUGACUUAGUUCUUGUCAACAAAGCAGAUGGUGAACUUCUACCUGCCGCUCGUCGUAUUGCUAGUGAAUACUCAAAUGCCCUCAAAUAUAUGCGUUCACGAAGACAAAAUUGGACUCCAAAAGUAAAACUUGUGUCUAGUUUAAAUGGUGAUGGUCUAACAGAAUUCUGGUCUACUGCAUGUGAAUUUCAUUCUUCUCAAAUUAAGUCAGGUGAAUUACAAAGAAUACGAAAAGAACAAUUAAAAAGCCUGAAGAAGAAUUUAUUGAAACCACAAUUGUUCACUCUAACUAUUUUGUUCUGAAGAGAAAGUUAUCAAAAAGAAUAUUCUUUGUUCGGUAAUCAAUAUUUAUACUUCUUAGAAAGUUUAUUCAAUAUUGAUUUUGUAUGACCUACUUUUUUUCAGCUUCUGUCUUAAAAUCUAAUUGUUGAAUAUUUGAAUAUAUUUGUAGAUUAAUGUACUAAUGAAAGUUAAAUAAAAAAAACUGUCAUCUAACCAUAUCGUAUGAUUAAUGUUAGAGGAAUUAGAAACAAGUGUAGAGUAUUAAUGUUCUAUGAAGCUGAAAGUAGACUACGACUAUUAACAGAACUUGAUCUUCUUACUUUCAUAUGUGUUAGCAACAAGUUGGAAGAAGGAGAAACAGCUAAGACAGACCACCUUCAAGUGAACAUAGAGAAGAUAGAAGUGAUAAAGAUACCAAUCAACUUCAACAGGGAAAGAAAAUCUAAAGAAUUUACUUCUUCUACGUAACUAGGCAGUGUUACCUCAACUAGAGGCGAUAUGGGUGAGGGUGUCAAAGCGUGACAGGAUUGGGAAAACAAAACAGCCCUUUUAUUGUUAUUCUGAAAUCAGUGUGGAAAUCUUCUACAAUCAGCAUCAUCAAUAACAAGAUUCAGAGAUUUUCAACACUAAUAUCGAGUUGAUACUUCUAUAUGCUUCAGAGACUUGGUGUGACCAUCACCAGCAACAUUUUCAACAGGCCUCAGACUUCUAUCGACAGCUGGACAAAAGAAUUAGUAACCAGGAUUGCUAGUAAUAAACCAACCAAGAACCUAUUGCCUUACAGAUAUAACAAAAUAAAUGGAGAUGGAUCAGGCACACGCUGAGAAGACAUUACGCGCCAGGCCUUCGAGUGGAAAACAACGGGUAGGGUGUCGGAGUGUUAUGUGAAGGAGAAUGAGAGCUUAUGGACAAUCGCGGAAACUGCAAAGAACGGGAUGAAAUACAGAUGUGUUGUUGAAGCUGUGCGUGUUUCACUCGGAACCUAAGAGAUUAAUAAUUACAAACUGCUAUUGAAUCGAUAUGGAUGUGGACAUUUAUCAAGGAGGGACUUUGGUGUCGGUUUAAAAAUAGUCCAGUAAUUAAAGAACAAACAAAAGAAAUUGAAACGCUACUAUUUAACAGAGAAAUUGCUCCUGGUAUAGCAGCUGAAAGAUUAAUGGAUCUUUAUUACAAAACUUUUCUAAGAUAGAUUUCAUUUUUAUCAGCACAUGUACACUAACUAUUAUCAUCAAUAUUGUCUUAAUUUAUUACAAUCAAAUAGCUUAUUUGUAGAAAGUGAUUUCAAAUUGGCUGAUGUACUACAUUCUACAUUUUGUGGUGUUUCUUCUUUAUGCUUUCUAUUACUUAUAAUACUGGGUACACUCAGGAAAAAUGCUUUACUUGUCAUUAUAAAUAAGUUUAGCAGCAUUUUACUUUAUAUUUGAAUUUAUUUUGAUCAAGUAUUAUUGAAUAAAGAGAUAUUUAUGCAAAUAAUUCAUGUGAAUUUCAUUCAUACAAACACGUACACAAUAAUAGAUUCUUAUGUGGAACUGGUCACUGUGAAAAACAAAGUACAUUUUCUUUUUAAUUUAAUUGUUAGACGUCAAUGACAUUUUAAGUUUAUUCAAAUUACCGGUAUUUUGUGAGCAGAAAUCUCACUACCUUCUUCAGUAAUCGUAUAACAUUAUGGCCACAGCCGAUAACAUUCUCCUGUUGAUCAAUCUCAAAUACAUAGAAUGAUACACUUAAGCAGUAUCCAAGAAUCUCUAGUCUCUUUAGUAGCUGUGAGAAUUCUAGUGAAUCCCCUCGACUAAUACAUUCUUUCACAGGAAUUCCCUCACAGCAAAGUGCUUUAAGAUCUAGAAAUAUAGCGAGUGUUAGACGCAGGUAUCCCAGAACCUGUGAUGAUGUAGUCCUUUUGCCCUCGCCUAGACUUGAAGUUCACCUGCUUUUAUAGGUCUGUUUAUUUCGGAUCUACUUAGUGCUAGAAGGACCAUAGGAAAUAAAUAAUAUAUCAUGUUAGCCUAGGUUAUGCAUCUGUAAAUAUUAUAGGAGUGUUUCUCCCCCUUCUUGUAAACUCAGAUUCUCAUAUAUUACCAUAAAAACCUCUGGAGUCAUACCAUCAGACCUUGCUGUCUUGUCUCAAUGUAGACUAAAGAUAGCUUUUGCAACCACAGCUACAACUGAGAUAACAAUUCCUGCAUCACACUCACCUGUAUGCCAGAUGAGUCACACCCCGAAAUGUUUCUUCCACCGUUCAGUCCAUCGUUACUCUAAGGUAAUUGAAGUUCCAUCCAUUUCAUAGGUCAUUUUA